ACUAAUAUACCACAUUCUUUAUUAUUCUUCCACUUCUCCAGAUCAAAGUUCCAGAGCUCCCUUCCAAUGGCGAAAUCUCAGUCUCCAGUGUUGGUGGAGCCGGUGUAUUCAUCGGUGAUUGCUCUGCUGAUUAUAGUCAUGGCCUGCGUCGAGCUCUGCGACGCCGUCACCGUCGUCGAUGUGUACCGCCUCGUGCAGUACGAUCUCGCCGGCGUGCCGUUUGGAUCCCGCCUCGCCGCCCUCAACCACCACGCUGGCUCCUCUCUGUUCUCCUCCUCUGCCGCCGGUGGCGCUGUCACUGAUCUCUCCCGCACUGUGCUCAUCCUCCCCGUCCGUGAAUUGAAUCUCACAUUCAUUAGAGAAUAUAUUGGACAGAAGAAGCCAUUAGGUGGCUUAUUGCUUCUACUUCCCCAAGUUUUUAAUCCACAAAACGUCGAUAGUGGGGGUGGAUCUGAUCAUGAUUCUGCAACCAAAGUCAUCAAGGAAGUUUUAGUCGAACUGGAAAAGUUGCUUUUGCAUGCAAACAUCCCUUAUCCUGUGUACUUUGGCUUUGAGGAUGACCAUGUUAAUGCUGUGCUAGCUGACAUCAAGAAAAAUGAUGCUACUGGUCAACCAGCGACUGCCACAACUGGCGGAUACAAGCUUGUUGUUGCUGCACCAGAACCCAAGAAAAUUGCUUCUCCUGCUAUUGCAAAUAUCCAGGGGUGGCUACCUGGAUUGAAAGCUGACGGAGACUCAAAUCAGCUUCCUACCAUAGCUGUAGUGGCAUCUUACGACACAUUUGGGGCUGCACCAGCAUUAUCUGUGGGAAGUGAUAGCAACGGUAGUGGUGUUGUGGCGCUUCUAGAAAUAGCUAGAUUAUUUUCAGUUUUAUACUCGAGUGCUAAGACAAGAGGAAGGUAUAAUUUACUCUUCGUGCUGACAUCUGGAGGACCUUAUAACUACAAUGGGACCCAUAAGUGGCUUCGUAGUUUGGACCAGCGCUUGCGUGAGACUAUAGAUUAUGCUAUUUGCUUGAAUAGCAUUGGCUCAAGCAACAAUGAUUUAUGGAUUCAUGUGUCAAAGCCUCCAGAUAAUGUCUACAUAAAACAAAUCUUCGAGGGUUUCUCUAGUGUGUCUGAAGAGUUGGGGCUUAAAGUCGGACUUAAGCACAAGAAAAUUAACAUCUCCAACCCUCGAGUAGCAUGGGAGCAUGAGCAAUUCUCAAGGCUGAGAGUUACAGCAGCAACGCUAUCAGAGCUCGCUGUUGCACCUGAUUUUCUGGAAAGUACUGGAGGCCUGUCGGAUAGCAGAUAUUUUGUUGAUGAAGCUUCAAUAAGUCGAAGUGUCAAAUUAGUUGCUGAAAGUCUUGCAAGGCAUAUUUAUGGCCAGGAGGGAAAAAGCAUUGAUAUAUUUGCAGAUAAUAGUAGUUUAUCUUUAAAUCCUUCUUAUAUACGUUCAUGGUUACAAUUUCUAUCAACAACACCUCGUGUGGCUCCAUUUCUUUCAAAAAAUGAUCCUCUUAUCAUGGCGCUCAAAAAGGAGUUAGCAGAUCACACUGUUGAAGUGAGUCUACAACAGGAAGUACUUGAUGGGAUGUUCACUUUUUAUGAUUCAAUCAGCAGCAGAUUACAUAUCUAUCAGGUUGCAAGCGUGACCUUCGACUUGCUUCUGCUGCUGGUUCUUGGAUCUUACCUGAUUACUCUUUUCUGCUUUUUGAUUAUCACCACCAGGGGUCUCGACGAUCUGAUCAGUCUAUUUCGUCGUCCCACCUCCCGCAAAGUGAAAACAGCUUGAUUGUAGGGCUGAAUAUGUUCCCACCAUAAGACCAAUUUCAGUCUCAGCAGAUGGUUUUUGGUGGAUUAAUGUGACAUGAAUCUUGGAUAACACCUGCAAUGGUCCCUAUCUACGGUAGGCUCACAAAGCACUUGUUUUCCACCCUUCAAGUGUUAGUUUUAGGGGACAGAUUAGCUGGCAGAAAAAUUUUGCUUGAUCUUGUAAUCUUUCCGCUGCUCCUUACCCCAACGAAUAUAGAGCUCCCGCUGCAGUUCAAUACUGAAAGGGAAUUCUAACAUGAUAGAUACUAUAGUCAGGAUUGUCUUGAUGUCCAUCCAAAUUUGGCUGUGAUAUCAAAAGGAGAUGACCUUUAGUAAACUCAGAUUUCCAUGUUUUUGACUUGCUA